AUGUCAUCAGCGUACUUGAUAGUGAGUUUGGAUUCUGACUCGGCAAUGCAGUCAUGGGUGAGCAGCAUGAACAGCAGUCAGCUGAGCAUGCACCCAUGGGGGGCACCUGUGCUGGACAUGAUGGUGCUUGAUGUUCUGCAGCCAACUGUCAUUCGGUCGUAUCACAUCCUCCAACUCAGCACCUGCAGUCUCUCCCAGCUGCAGCAGUGCAGUCUCUCUAUAAUCCGACCGAGGGAGGUUUUUGUACGACUCUAUAACACUGUGUUAGUACCAGAUGCUACUGAUGUAAUGCCAACUCUGACAAGCAGCAGGGUUUUUGUACGGCCGCUAAACCUGUUUGUAUCACUGUGCUCUUCUUUUGGUGGAGGAACCAAACUGUCUGUGGGCCGUGUCACUCAGCCAAGUGUGACGGUGUUGCCUCCCUCCAGUGUGGAGCUGCAGCAGGAGAAGGUCACACUCAUGUGUGUGGCUGACAAGGGCUUCCCCUCGGACUGGACACUGAGCUGGAAGGUUGAUGGGAGCAGCUGGAGCUCGGGGGAGAGCCGCAGCACCGCCGUUCUGCACGCGGACGGCCUCUACAGCUGGAGCAGCACGCUGAGCCUCCACCCGGAGCAGUGGAGGAACAAGGUGGUGACCUGUGAGGCCUCCAAAGACACCCAACCUACUGUGUUGGGCAGAGUGAACACAGAGCAGUGCUCAGAGCUGUGAGCUCACACACACUUUACUCAGCUCACCUUCUACUGCUUCACUGUAUGUUACAUGUGGCCUUUACCUGCCUCAGUUUGACUGAGCUUUUCUUCUUAACAUCAAGUAUUUGUUGUAUCACUGUAAUG